AUGGAAGGUCACGAUACUGGAUUGUUUCCGUUGUGGUUGGCAUCCUCUCUGCUUCUGGGAUGUGGUGUUAGUCUUUCUUUGGGACAGAAUGAAACAGAACCAGUGGUUUUGGAGGGAAAAUGUUUGGUGGUAUGUGACUCGAACCCCUCCGCAGAAGGAGGGGUAACAUCAUCUUUCGGAAUAUCUGUUCGGGCUGCUGGAGCUAAAGUGGCGUUUUCUGCGGUCAGAGGAACGAACCAUGAACCUUCGGAUAUGAGCAACCAAUCUAUGACCAUCUACUUCGAUCAGGUACUUGUCAACAUUGGUAAUCAUUUCGACCUCAGGUCCAGUGUCUUCUUGGCACCAAGAAGAGGGAUAUACAGUUUUAGUUUCCACGUUGUCAAGGUUUACAAUCGACAGACUAUACAGGUGAAUCUGAUGCACAACGAGCACCCAAUUAUAUCAGCGUUCGCUGGCGACCAGGACGUGACUCGAGAGGCGGCCAGCAACGGAGUUCUCCUUCAUUUGGAGCGCGAAGACAAGCUAUAUCUGAAACUGGAACGAGGCAAUCUGAUGGGUGGCUGGAAAUACUCUACGUUCUCUGGCUUCCUAGUAUUUCCACUCUAAUUUCACAAGCUGUUAUAACAUUUAUGUUGUGCAACUCUCUCUCUUUCUCAGCUCUCCGUGUGAAUUUGGAGAAAGUCCAAGGAUUUUACUUUAUUGACUUUGCUUUGCCAUAAUGAAGACAUCAUCUGAAAACAUCAUCAAAUUAGAAGACUCGUAGUGAA